AACGCAGUUGUGUUCUCGACCCAAGAGAAGUACUACACGAACAUCUGAAAACGCUUUAGACGUGUGCUACUAAUUGUGAACGCUACUCGAAAGAAUCUCCAUAACAGCAGCAUCGCUGCCAGCUAUCUGUCUUAUCUUACCAGAGAACGAAACAAAGACAAGAGAGGAAAUUAUUUCUUACCGCAAACUAUCAAAGCUUUUAAAGACCGGUUAUCGUUUUAAGAGGUUAUUGCGCACAACACCACAAUCUAGUGCACGACCCACGAUAUAUAUAACCUGCCGUAUCAGUCUACAGCUGUAGCAUUUGUCUGAAGUACUUUCGAAGAGAAGAUCUCUUGUAUCAAAGUCAACAAAGGAUAAAAGAACUAUGGCUAUAAAUAGAGGCUCGUCCCCAUGUAAACUCAUUCGUAUUGGAUUCUUGUUGUUACUUGGCCUUAGCACGAUUUACCUGACAAACGGGAGUCAAAAUAAACGAAAGAUACUGGCUAGCAUCCGAAAGUAUUGUCGUGCAAUGCAGUGGUUUGACAAACGGCAGCGUCAUAUAUGCACCAAACAUCCUGAAAUGAUCCGACAUGUAAAGAAAGGCGUUGAAAAUGCUUUAGAAGAAUGCAGAAGGCAGUUCAAGGAUUACCGAUGGAAUUGCUCUCCCCUCACUUGGAAUCAAGUUUUUUCGGAAGAAGGGCUUCUCAAAAAACGUUCUCGAGAAACGGCGUUCGUGCAAGCCCUCACUGCCGCAAGUGUGAUGAUGGAAAUAUCCCAAGCAUGCGCAGCAAACGGCAAAAAAGGAAAACCAUGUGGCUGUGGUUCACAACCAAAAUCGAAACGUCGGUCAAAUAACAGUAAAAGAAAACCAAGAGAUGUUAACGAAUUUUGGCAAGGUUGUCCUCAUAACCUACAGUAUGGCUUUUAUUUUGCCAAGCGAUUUAUGGAUCCACGUAGGGUUACAAACCACGCGCGGAAGACACGCGCUCACAACCAGGAGGUCGGACGAAAGCUGGUACGAAAAUUAAGAGUAAAAAAAUGUAAAUGUCACGGCAAGUCCGACACGUGUGCGUACAAAAUAUGUUGGUAUGUCACGCCGCCGAUCACGAACGUCGGUGAUCAUUUGUGGAAGAUGUACAACAGAUCCGUACGCUCGCAGUGGAACAAAACAUCCAACUUCUUGUACAGGAAAGAUCGCUCGCGACGUGAGAAAAUCACGUCGACCAAACUUACCUAUUUCGCGCCCUCAGAGAACUUUUGCCAGCGCAAUCUUCACAUGAGCAUCAUGGGAACGCGUGGUCGCCAAUGCAACAGCACGUCAACCGGGAGCGACAGCUGCAAGUCUAUGUGCUGCGGUCGAUCUUUUAAGACAAAAUACGUAAAACGGAAAGGAAAGUGUAACUGUAGAUUUGUUUGGUGUUGUCAAGUCGAAUGUGAUCAGUGUGAUAUCAACGUUAAAGUUGAGACUUGUUUAUAGACCUGUAUUGCUUUCUUUUGUUAUUUUGUUUCAUUCUGAAUUUGCUGUUUUUCAAUACCCUAUGAGUCAGUUACAAUGACAACUAUAUUUCAUACAUGUAUGCUUGGAAGUGAAAACUAUUUAGUAAACGCUAAA